AGAAGGCUGAGCGAGCAAGAACUGUAAGGGUGCCGAGUAUUCCACCGUGCGGUACUCCGUUUCAUUCAAGCUGUGUUCUGGUUAGAGAGCUCAGACUGCUGAGAAGUAAAGAAGAUGGAAACCAACCCUAUACCGGUGUUAACCAUUCAGACAAGCCCGUUUGAUGACCAAAGACCCGGGACUAAUGGGCUGCGAAAAAAGACAGCGGUAUUCGAGAGCAGAAAGAAUUAUCUACAGAAUUAUAUUCAGAGUGUGCUGUCAUCCAUCGACCUGAGGGACCGUCAAGGAUGUACCAUGGUGGUGGGCAGCGAUGGGAGAUACUUCAGCCGAACAGCUAUCGAAGUCAUUGUACAAAUGGCUGCUGCCAAUGGGAUAGGGCGACUGGUGAUUGGGCACAAUGGCAUCCUGUCCACACCAGCUGUCUCAUGCAUCAUCAGGAAGAUAAAAGCCAUCGGUGGAAUUAUUCUCACUGCCAGUCAUAACCCAGGAGGUCCAGCUGGAGACUUUGGCAUCAAAUUUAAUGUAGCUAAUGGAGGCCCUUCUCCAGACACUGUGAUGGAAAAGAUCUACCAGGUUAGCCGUACACUUGAGGAGUUUGCCAUCUGCCCAGAUCUACACAUAGACCUGUCACGACUUGGGCGCCAAGACUUUGACCUGGAGAACAAGUUCAAGCCUUUCCGAGUUGAGAUAGUGGAUUCUGUUGAGAUCUACCUGAAUAUGCUACGUGGAAUCUUUGACUUUGGGGCCAUCAAGAGUCUGCUGACAGGUCCAGAACAGCUGAAGAUUCGAAUAGAUGCAAUGAAUGGAGUGAUGGGACCAUACGUUAGAAGAAUCCUCUGUGAUGAACUUGGGGCUCCUGCAAACUCUGCAGUAAACUGUGUUCCUUUGGAGGAUUUUGGGGGCCAGCACCCCAACCCUAACCCUUCCUUCGCUGUCUCAUUAGUGGAUUCCAUGAAGGGUGGAGAGUUUGGUUUUGGUGCUGCAUUUGAUGCAGAUGGGGAUCGAUGUAUGAUUCUGGGUCAGAAUGGGUUCUUUGUAAACCCAUCUGAUUCAUUAGCGGUGAUGGCUGCCAACCUAUCCUGCAUUCCCUACUUCAGGCAAGUGGGAGUUCGUGGGUUUGCUCGCAGCAUGCCUACCAGCACAGCCCUGGACAGGGUUGCCAAAGCAAUGAAAGUGGCUCUGUAUGAAACCCCCACAGGCUGGAGGUUUUUUGGGAACCUGAUGGACUCAGGCAGGUGCUCAUUAUGUGGAGAGGAAAGCUUUGGAUCAGGUUCAGACCACAUCAGGGAGAAAGAUGGCCUGUGGUCAGUACUGGUGUGGCUUUCCAUCAUGGCUGUACGUAAGCAGGGAGUGGAAGAGAUAGUGAGGGAUCACUGGGCCAAGCUGGGUCGCAACUAUUACUGCAGGUUUGAUUAUGAAGGUGUUGAUCCACGAGCUGCCUUUUACUUUAUGAGGGAUCUGGAAGCCAUGAUCACUGAUAAAGCAUUCUCCAAUCAAAAGUUUGCUGUGGGAAACAAUGUGUAUAGUGUGGAGAAAACUGACAACUUUGAGUACAUUGAUCCAGUGGAUGGUAAUGUCUCAAGAAACCAGGGUUUGAGGAUCAUUUUUACAGACUCAUCGCGCAUCAUUUUCCGGCUCAGCGGCUCUGGGGCAGGAAUGGGAGCCACCAUACGCAUUUAUGCUGAGUGCUAUGAGAGAGACCCGGAGAGACACAACAGAGAGACUCAGGUUGUGUUGGGUCCACUUAUUGCAGUCGCUCUAAAGAUCUCAAGCAUUCAUGAAAGAACAGGACGCAGAGGACCCAACGUGAUCACCUGAGCCAAAUGCAGAGACCCACACCAGGAGCAAAAACCCUGAGAAACACAUCUUCCACAGAUCCUCAGAGCAAAGCCAUGACUUUCCCCUGUAGCAGCCUUGAUAGCCUGCUUCCAAUCUGCACAACCUCUCACUGACAUAUGUACACUGUAUAUGCUUUUGCUGCUGUCCCACAGACAUUUCUGUUUCUUUCUCUUUGACUUCCCUUAUCAUGCUUUUUUCCCCUCUUGGUCUUCUCAAAGUCUGAAAGGGAUAGAGUAGCCAUUUCUCUUUAGGGUCUCUUUUUUGGAAUGACCUAGCUUUCACAGUGACAUGCAUGGGAACCAUUAAUAUGCCGCAUUCAUGCUGCAGUAUUGUGUUUUUUUUAUUUGUAACUACACUUAAUGUGUGUAUUGCUCAUGUUGUUCCAGGUCACUAGAUUCUCAGCUUUAUUAUAAUUAGGCAUUUCCUACUUCUGUAUCUUACCCAAACAAAUCAGUAUCAACUCAGAAAUGUUUAAUUUUAUGUCCAUAAAACUGCAUAUCUGCUUAUGAAUCCAUCUGU